CCGUUUCCAUUUCUAAAAAUAAUAUUAAAUCGUUUAAGAAAAACUAAACAAAUAUAUUUAAAUUUUUUGAAAAAAAAUCCUUACCACUCAUCAAGAAAUAAAAUAAUGGUUUCCCCCUUAUAAUCAAUAAUACACCAAUACUUCUCUUUUCUCCGUAUUAUUACUGGUGUCUUUCUAAUUGUUUUGAUUUUACCUUUAAAAAUGAUUUAGUCCCGCAAAAAAUUUCGUAUGUUUUGUACUCAUACACUAAUAGGUUUUUAUAAAUUCUGUCAUUCAAUUCUGAGCCAUUAAUAUGUUUAAAUAAAUCAUGUAUGUUUUCAUACCACCAAUAUGGAUUCGUAUAUUCUAAAAAAAAUAAGAUUUUUAAAACCAACUAAAACAGAUAUUAUAUAUUUAAAAAAUAAUUUUUAGUAAAAUAUAAAAAAAUAAAUACCUAUUUCUUUUAACGUUAUCCACUUAUUUUCAGGUGAUUUAUAACAGACUUUUUUUUCUCUAUCUAAAUUUUCAGGAAUUACUAUUGGUAUCCAUGAUUCAUCAACUACUUUUGUUCCAUUAUAAUAUAUUUCAUCGGUUAUUAUUAAAAGAUAUCUUUCGAAGGUUUUCAGUACUAGGAUUGAGUUCAUUUUGUCUGAGAUAUAAGGACGAAGAAGAAAUAAAAGUAUUUAUAUAUUGCCUGACAUUUUUUUUAUCCCUUCAAGACUUCUCACGCAGAUAUUAAGAACUUUUUAUACAAUUAGAUAUUUAAUGCAAGACUUCCCACGAAAUAACUAACGUAAUAUGGUUUUUUCUUCUUUAACCUUUCUCACCCAUUUUUUUUUCUUUUUCAAGACUUUCCACCCAGAUGGCUAAUGUAAUAUGUUUUUUUUUUCUCACCCAGAUUGUUUAAUGUAAUAUGUUUUUUUUUCUUUAAGAGUUCCCACACACUUUUAUUCUUUAAUACAUUCUCAAGAAAAAAUUCACAUCCGUUAUUAAAUAUUAACGGUGUCAAAGGGUAAUAACCCUUAUUAUCAAAAGAAUAUAAAAGCGAGAGAAAUAGACAAAUAGAUUCAUUAGUUUAUCAACUCUCUCUCUCUCUCUCUCUCUACAACUAGCAAGAAAAGAUGUCUAUGGAAGAUUCUCAGUCGUUGUUUGUAAUCGACAACCCCUUUACAAGUAGAAAGCGUAAAUCAACAACAAAAAUUGAUGAUGCAGCGGUGGAGAAAAAGAAGAAGUAUGAUUUAGUAAUAUCGAAGGACGAAUCGUCGUUUAAAUCCAUCCCGCCGUAUUCGAUAUACAUAUCGCAUGGGUUUAACCUAGAAAUUAAAGAAUUCAGACAACAGUAUUAUGUAUGUUUAGCGAAAACAAGUGCUAAAGGGGAGAUACAAAAUAGAUUUAACAUCCCUGUAAAAGAAGUUAAUUUUUUUAUUCAAGCUUUGAACGCCGUUCAAAAAUAUUUGGAAGAGUUCAUUUAAAUGAAAAAAUCUAUGCGUAAGUAAUUUUUUUAAUAUAAUGGUUUUAAAAAUUAU